CAGCGCUCGGAGCUGCGGGCGCCGGCAUGAGCCGAGGCUUCGCCGCGCCCAGCCCGACCUGAGCCGGGAGACAAAGGGGAGAAGCUGCCGCCAUGGGCGAGCAGCUCCGCGCCCAGCCCGCCGCCUCGGCGGGGCCGCCGCCGCCCGCCGCCGCCUCCUGCUCGCUGCUCGGCGGGCUGCUGCAGAACGGCUUCCACCCCUCGGGCCCGCCGCUCAGCAACGGCGGCUGCGGGGAGCCGCCGCACCCGCUGCUGCUGCGCCCGGAGCUGCCGCCGCUCAGCCACGGCUCCCCGGCCAAGAAAUGCAGGCUGCGCCGGAGGGUGGAUUCGGGCCGGCGGCACAGGCCACCAUUCCCAUGGUUUGGAAUGGAUAUCGGUGGAACAUUGGUUAAACUGGUCUACUUUGAACCUAAAGACAUUACUGCCGAGGAGGAGCAGGAGGAGGUGGAAAACCUGAAAAGCAUUAGGAAAUACUUGACCUCCAACACAGCUUAUGGUAAAACUGGCAUUCGUGAUGUGCACCUGGAACUGAAAAAUUUGACUAUGUGUGGACGCAAAGGAAACCUGCACUUCAUCCGCUUCCCCAGCUGUGCCAUGCACAGGUUCAUACAGAUGGGCAGUGAAAAGAACUUCUCCAGUUUGCACACUACGCUCUGUGCCACGGGAGGUGGCGCUUACAAGUUUGAGGAAGACUUUAGAACGAUGGCUGAUCUACAGCUCUAUAAACUGGAUGAAUUGGACUGUUUGAUCCAGGGCCUCCUUUAUGUUGAUUCUGUUGGUUUCAAUGGCCAACCAGAGUGCUAUUAUUUUGAAAAUCCUACAGAUCCUGAACAGUGCCAGAAAAAGCCUUACUGCCUUGAUAAUCCAUAUCCUAUGCUGCUGGUUAACAUAGGCUCAGGGGUCAGCAUCCUAGCUGUGUAUUCUAAGGACAAUUAUAAAAGAGUUACAGGAUCCAGCCUUGGAGGAGGAACGUUCCUGGGGCUGUGCUGUUUGCUCACUGGCUGCGAGACGUUUGAAGAAGCGCUGGAAAUGGCUGCAAAAGGAGACAGCACCAACGUGGACAAGCUGGUGAAGGACAUCUACGGAGGGGACUACGAGCGCUUUGGCCUUCAGGGCUCUGCUGUAGCCUCCAGCUUUGGUCAUAUGAUGAGUAAAGAAAAGAGAGAUUCCAUCAGUAAAGAGGACUUGGCCAGAGCUACUUUGGUCACCAUCACCAACAACAUCGGUUCCAUCGCUCGCAUGUGUGCACUGAACGAGAAUAUCGACAAGGUGGUGUUUGUUGGCAACUUUCUCAGAAUUAAUAUGAUUUCUAUGAAGGUGCUAGCAUAUGCUAUGGAUUAUUGGUCCAAGGGACAGCUAAAAGCUCUCUUUUUGGAACAUGAGGGUUAUUUUGGAGCUGUUGGGGCUCUUCUAGAAAUGCUUAAAAUGACAGAUGAUCAGUGAUGAAACUGUCUGAAGAGAUUCCUACUGCAGAUGCUGCUGGGUAAGAGUGAAAGCCACUACAAGGAUGGAAAUGAAGCCAUUAUGGUAGUUCUACCUGCUGGAUUUGUAAAUAAUUUAAAAUCCUUUUAACUGAUCUUUAAUUUCUGGGUUUUGACCUUAUACUUCAGAAUUCAUACUGGGAAUUACGAGAUUUUUUUUUCUGUACACUGUAUUUUAUAGGGGAAAAAUGUGCGAAGUGGCCAAACAUACAGAUUUUAUGGAUUUAUUUUAAAAAAUGGAUACUGUUUAAUGUAAGACCUAUGAUAUGAGGCAUCUGCUUUUCUUCUGGGGUUUACUGAUUAGUGUGGUAAUUUUAACUUCAUUUAGUAAUCACUCUAGGAGAUUUUUUUAUCUUAUUUUCAUGACGUUUCAUGAUUUGUUCUUGGUUUCAAAUGAAACUACAAAGCUGAUGCAUUUUACUGUGAAAACUAGUCAUUGAUUUUUUUGCCUUUCCUUUCCUCAUUAGAUGAGACACUUUAACCACUCUCUAUCAACCCCACCCCCAAAAAAAUUUUGCAAAUCAUUCUGUGGCUAAAUGCAUUUCUCCAAAGGACUGUGAGGAAGCUUUGUAAUAGCAGAGGGUUAAAGAUUGUAAUUUUUCAGUGGUCAUGAAUUGCAACAGGAAGAGACUGCCAACUGGUUUUGCAGGGCUGAUUCAUCUUUAUAAUAAAAAAUUUUAAAGAAGAUGUGAACUAAAAUCUUAAUUAUUGAAUUGACACUAAAAUGAAAAUUCGUUUCUGAUGAAAACCUCUGAUCAAGAUGAAGAGUUCUGUAGUAAAGAUGUUAUUCACACUUGGUAUUAGAUGGUAAAGGGAGAUUGUCUUCAGUUAUUUUUCUGUAGUCUAAAAGUUUUAACUUAUUCUUAAUUGAAAGCAACUGAUAACAGCAUUAUUAAAAGCCCAGUUACUAAAAUUAGAAAAAUACUGACUAGAGUAUUUUCUGCUUUUAAACUAGUGUUAAAUUCCUCUCCAGGACAUCAGAAUUUGGGUGUUUAUUCCAAUACAGUAUUUUCUACCUUUUUGGAUUCGUGGACCUCUCUAGAUCUUUUUUUCCCAAAUUGAAUUGAAAUCCCUUUGCAAUCCAUGUACUUAGGUUGCUGCAGAGCAUGUAUAAACUUGGUUUCCUUAGACACCUUGAGGGCUCACAAAUGAGAGGCUGAAAAACAAUUCAUAAAUUAUUUUGUCUUGCAGGACUGUAUGUGAUGUCACAUAAAGUAAAUGACUCAUCAGAGGGACAGUAUAGAAUUCAGUAUAUUUUUGGAAGGGGGUGUAUUUCACUUUAAGUCAUUGACUUACAUAUCUCCCAAAUGUUGAAAGAUGGUAAUAUUAACUGAAGUGUUAACUUGUGUGAUGGAAAUAAAGACCACUACUGUUUUGACAGUUUUAAUGUA